AUGUGGGGUUGUGGUUCGUUGUUUAAAUUGGCACGAUCGUCAGACAACUUUCAACGUCUGUUGUGCUGGCUAGGCUUCAAACCAAAUGGAGAGAGAGAGCGUCAGGCGUACCUGUACACAGGCUACCUGUUGGCGUGGCUGAUUGAUGCAGUUUUCGGCCUGCUCCACGAGUGGGAAAACUUCAUGAUGCGUGUAUCGGUGCUGAACGACAUCACCCUGGUCAUUAGUCUGUUGUGCUAUUGGAACUUUAUGGGCGAUAUGCAUAUCCUAUUCGGAGUCAUCAAACGAUACAGGAAUGCACUGCACAACAAUAGCAGUUUCGAAAAUAUUAACAGGCGGUACUUGGAGAGUUUGGAAAAGAUAGAUGACUACAUGGAAAUUGGGGUGAGAUUUUACGUGAUUUUCCACUUUGUUUUCAUGAGUGUGCCCAUCUCGGCAGUUGCCUACAAAGUGGUAAAAUCCGAGCAACAAAUUGACUACAGACGAAUGCCGCAGCUAUGGUACUUCCACUAUCCGGCCAGUCUCCAACGAGUCACUCUCUUCCACUACUGCUGUGGAAAUCUUCUAAUAUAUUUCGCCUUAUUAGCAGCGCUAAUCUUUUCAUUGGUAUUACUUCAUGCCAUUUAUCUGUCAAUAUAUUCGUUAGUGAGCUCGUUUGACUACCUGAUUCUCUGCAUGCUCGAAUGGGACCAAAUGUCGACGGAUAUAGUCACCAAACUGCACAACGAGAGCAUGAAUCCCAGUACCCACAAGUUCUAUGAGCUACGGCUGAGAUAUGGACUGUGUGAGAUCAUUGUCUUCCAUCAGAAUCUUUGUAGAGAAACAAACAAUAUGAACAAAGGGCUACAGAGGAUUCUUUUAAUUUUCAUCAAUAGUUGUGCAAUCCAAAUGUGUUUGGGAUUUUUCUCUUUGACUGAGGGAGAUGAUAAUAUAUUAAAAUAUUUGACGUUUUCCACUUGUGUUCUCAUAUUCCUUACAUUCAUCUGUGGCUUUGGUCAAAUGAUAAAAAAUAAGGUGAACAUUUUGAGAGUUACAUUGGCGCAAUUUGAAUGGGUGGAUAAACCAGAGUACUACAAGAAGUCUCUACUUGUAAUGAUAACGUAUGCAGCCAGGGAUUUAGAGAUCAAUCCGUAUGGAUUGUAUUCCUUGGAUAUGCAAACCUUUACAAAGUCGGUUUUAGGGUAUGGUCUGGUAUUCUGGGCUGAUGCAACCAAAAUUGAUGAGGUAUUGAUUAUGCAGAAGAGAGCAAUCAGAGUAGAGCUGAUAGAAUAGCCGACUAUAAUGAAACUGCUGUACUCCAUCUCCAACAUAGUACUCCAUUACAAAGGUUCUUAGAGGUUUACAGAGCCAGAGUAUAUAG